UCUCGCUGUGUUUUCGUGUGUACAGUCCGGUACUUGUUGAUGAAUUAUUACAUAAAUCUAGUGAUCAUAAAUUAAUUACAUAUGUAUAAUUUGUAAUAUUGCCCUGCUUAGUCAUUUUGAGAUCAUCUGACAAUGGCUGCUCAUGAACCAGCUGUCUUGUCAGUUGGAACGGAUGUCAGUGCUAAGUAUCGAGGAGCAUUUUGUGAAGCAAAAGUUCGAAAAGUUGUCAAGAAUGUGAAGUGCAAGGUUAUUUUAAAGGAAGCGCAGACAUCUCUGAUUGUCACAGAUGAAUUUAUCAAAGGACCUCUUAAGGUUGGCCUGACGGCAGAAGUAACUCAUCCAGACACUGGGGAGGUGUUGGAUGCAGUUAUCAACAAGCUUACAGACCAAAGCAUUUAUACAGUUGUGUUUGAUGAUGGUGAUGUGGCCACCCUGAAGAGAACACAGCUGUGUUUGAAAGGGGAGAAGCAUUUCAUUGAAAGUGAGACUCUCGACAAUCUUCCACUCUCACAUCCGGAACACUUUGGAACUCCAGUUUUACAAAGUAAAUCUCGAAAGAGAACUGCCAAGAUGGGAUCCCCAGAGUAUGGGUCAAUAUAUAUGUCACAAGAAGAUACUGAGUCAGAUCAGAGUAGUUCUGAAGACAGUUCUCCAAGACGAGCGAUGUACCGUGGCCGAGGUCAGGAAUUUGUUGGAAAGGUAAUGUGUGUGGAUCUCGGUGAUAAGAAGAAGACUCUUCUGACUCCUGUCAUUGUCUGUCUGCCUGAUGCUCAUUCCACGGAACUCAGAACCAAGGAGCAUAUGCUUGUGCGGUCGUUUCGGGAUGGCAGAUUUUUAUCAAUUUUGAAAAAAGAGCUGAAAGAAUUUACAAGAGAGAUUGCAAUAAAAAAUGAAGACAAAAAUUUGAAAACAGCCAUGGAGAAGGCCUUGCUGUAUUUUGAUAACCGUGAGUUACCGAGCCAGUGGAAGAGAGAAGAGCUUCUUGGAUCUGAUGAUGAAAACUUAAGUGAUGAUGAUGAUACAUCGGAUGAUGAACCAAGUGAGGAGAAGGACAGAUUUGUAGCUCAGCUUUAUAAGUUCAUGGAUGACCGAGGAACUCCCAUCAAUAAAGCUCCCAGUAUUGGAUCUAGAGAUCUGAAUCUGUACAAGCUGUUCAAAGUUGUACAAAAUAUUGGCGGAUACAAUAGAGUAACCAACCAGAUGAAAUGGCGACUAGUUUAUUCAAAGAUGGUUCUCCCUGAAUCUAACACUGCUUCACAUCAAAUAAAAAAUGCAUACAAAAAGUAUUUGCAUGCAUUUGAAGACUUUUAUCGAAAACUUGGAAGUUCUAUGGGCACUAUAAGUCGGCCAGGAAGGGUUCGACAAAACUCUGGUAGAAGUAUUCUCUCCUUUCGUAGUAGAGAUAAAGGAAGUCCCAAGUCGCCCAGAGUAGUUAAGAGUGCAGAAAAGGCUGUUGAUGAGAAGCUGAAAGUGAAGUCUGAUGAGAUAAAAGUGAAAUUGGAUGAAAGUCGUUCUGACGAAGAACUUGAUGUCUUGUCAAAAGAGGGCUCUGAUUCUGAAGUGACUAAGCGACCAGUAUCACGGCGAAUCCUUCGUGAUGAUUUGCGAGAGAAAACUGAAGAAAAACGUGAAGAGGCCAGGGUGAAAAAGGAAGAGAAGGAAGAAAGUAAGACUAAAAAAGAUGAUUUUGAUGACUUGCUGACAAAGAAAGAUGAUAAAGGUCAUGAAGAAGAUGACAAAAAACCUUUACGGAAAGAUCGCAACGAUGACAGAGCAAUUUCAAAAAAAGAGGAAAUGAAAGUUGAAAGAGAAACACGGCAACAAAAAGACAAAGAAAUGAAACAAGAGGCAAAACUUGAACGAGAAAAACAAAAGCGUAAAGAAAAGGAAAAGGAAAAAGAUGAUGUAGGACAGGAAGACGAAAAUGAAUCAAAGCAAGAGUUGAAACCUGACCAAAAACGGGUUACAAGACGAAAGCGAAUUGAAAUUGAAUUUGAAAAGAAAGAUUUUGAUAAAGAAAAGGAAAAGAAAGAUGUAAAAUCAAAAAGUGAUGAGGUCAGAUUGAAGAAAGACCAGAAGAAAGAUGAAAAACCUGAAGACAAGAAAGAAGAUGCUAAAGCCAAAGAAGACAAAAAACAACUGCCAGCAAAGGAGGAGAAGAAAACACCAAAAGAAGAUAAAAAGACACCAGCAAAGGAAGAGAAAAAGACACCAGCAAAGGAAGAGAAAAAGAUACCAGCAAAGGAAGAGAAAAAGAUACCAGUGAAGGAAGAGAAAAAGAUACCAGUGAAGGAAGAGAAAAAGACACCUGUAAAAGAGGAGAAGAAAACACCAGGAAAAGAAGAAAAAAAAGCCGCUACAAAAGAAGAUAAACGUCAGCCUUCAAAAGAAGAGAAAAAAGCAGUUUCUAAAGACAGUAAAAAACCUCAAUCAAAGGAAGAUAAGAAAAUUGUCACAAAAGAAGAGAAGACAGGCCCAAUGAAGGAAGAGAAGAAAGCAGUUUCAUUAAAGGAAGAGAAAAAGGUGGCUGUCAAAGAAGACAAGAAAGUUGCAGUAAAGGAUGACAAAAAGCCUGUAGUGAAAGAAGAAGUAAAGAGGGGCCCUGUCAAGGAUGAAAAGAAGGUUCCGGUGAAAGAUGAGAAAAAAAUACCAAUAAAAGAGACAAAGCCAAAAGAAAAAUUGAUGACAUCUGAUGAAAAUUUACCAUCGGACAACAAAGUUGAUGAUGACAAGGAAAAAGAUCUACCAAAGAUGGACAGGAAUGAACACAGUCAGGGAACUAAGCUCAAGGUUCGAUAUGGACGAGGAAAGAACCAGAAGAUAUAUGAAGCUAAGGUGUUGGAAGUUCGUAAAGAAGGAUCACAUAAAACAUACCUUGUUCAUUAUGCAGGCUGGAAUAACAGGCAUGAUGAGUGGAUUCGACAUGAACGUAUUCAAAGUGUUAUCAGCAGACCAGACACUACAAAGAAAGGGAAGAAAUUACUGGCUGCCCAGAUGUUAAAAGAUGGCUCUAUACUCAAAGUGGUUACUGAAACCAAGGAAUCCUUACUGAAGAAGCGUGGACGGCCGGGAAGUACAUCUGGUCAAACCAGACUAAGCUGCGAUUUCCGGUCACCAAAUCAAAAGAACAAGUCCCUUUCUUUAGAUGGGUUGAAAUCGAGAUCCACUCGAUCUAAUAGCAUUGACCUAACCGUUUCUGAAGGACUACCACCCAAGCUACGGAAAACAAGACAAAGUUCUGGAAUGACAGAAUCAGAUACUUGUUCACAUGCGAGUGGCGACAGUAGUGAGUUGUCCGAUGGUGAGAGUGAAGAGAAGAUUGUGGUUGUCCUUGAGGAGCAGGAUCAAUCAAAGAGUGACCUUGACAUGAAGGACACUGAGCAGGAUACGAGCCUGGAGGACGAGGGCCAGGACGAUGAUCAUGACACGAGCAUGGAGGAGAAGUCCGACCUCGGCCUGAGUCGCGAGGAGGAUGAAGACACUGAGGAAGGAGGCAUUUUGGAAGAGUCGUUGGAAUGCAAUGAAGAGAUGAUUGGGCCUGAAGAGGAGCUGGAUGACCUGGUUGACGUCGAUGUGAAGGAUGUUAAGCAGGAUGAAAUGGUGCCGAGUAUGUGUAAGAUUGCCUCGAGUAAGGACAAAGUCAGUGAUGAAGCACUGUCUCCACCAAAGCUGGAUAUCAUUGACAACGAGCUACCACCUACAAAAGAAGACAUUUUGGGGAAGCCGGUGUUGAGUCAAAAUGAUUAUUUUAAUGACAAAGAAACGGCACCAAAGUUGGUAGCUGAGAACAUUUUUAAAGAAAUUCCAAUAAAAACUCUUGCAGAGAAAAAACAAGGUUCUGAAAGAAUCGACCUUGUUGCUGAAAAACCUAUGAAUGUUAUUUCUGUGGUUGAAAAUAAAAUACUCUUGGCAUCGGACAGUACUGAAAGCAUGAAUGUGCCCAUACCAGAGAUAAGAAAGGAAGAGGCGCCAUUACAAGUUUUGUCAGUUUUAGCAGUUUCUCCAACCAAGUCUGAAUCUGACAUCAUUAAGAAGGAGCCUGAAAAGAGAGGAAGGAAGAAGAAGGAGGCUGGUGUGGUGAAGAAAGGAAAGCAGGCUGAAAUACCAUUGGCGCGUUCACCUGUGCCAGCAGUGUCCCCACCAAUGGAUGCCAGAAUGCAAGCGGCCAUGGACCUGUAUGACUUCACAAACUUUGAGGACAAUGACGACAUUGUUCUUCGAGAAAAGAAACCAGAGUUUGGACCAAAAUGGCUAGCUGAGAGCAAGGAGAAAAAGCUGGAUAUUUUGGAGAAUGUGGAGAGUGAGAAGAAGAAGGUGAAGAAAAAGGUGAAAAAGAAAACGGAGGACAGUGUUGAAGGAAAGAAAGAUACAGAGGAUGAGGUGAAGUUGGUUAUUGAAGAAAAGAAGGAACUGGAUGAGAGAAAAGACGAUGCUGAAGUGAAAAAAGAUAUUCCUGUGAAAGAAGGUUUGAAAGGUGCCAAGUUUCCAAAAGUUGAGAGGGUAAUAAAAUUAAAAGAAACAAAGAAAACUAAAGACAUUAAAGACAUUGAUGUAAAAAGUGACGUCAAUGAGGCUCUGAGGGAAAAGAUUGAGAAACGAACUCGAUCACGCUCACAGAGUCCUGCUGAUUUCAGUCACAAGGUAUUGAAAAGUGAUAGUUUUUCAUUUUCUCCAAAGCCUUGUACAAGUUCAAAUACUCCUGUUGAUUUGAACAAAUACCAAGUAAGCCCAGGCAUAUUGGACUCGACACCUGAGCAAACUGUCUCAAAUAUUGUGUUAGACAAUACGCCCCCAACAACACCUGAACAUGAAGGUGCUGAUGGGGACAAUGUGCCUUUGUCCAAGGUGACAGCUGUUCUAGAGAGUGAGGAGCACGUUGCCAUGGAGAGGGAUAGUAAACAAGGAAGUGAAUCUCCCCAAGCUGGCAGUGCUAGUGGCUCAUCCAUUGAAGGCAACGAGAGCAGCAGUGUUGUUCCCAGUUCGGAAAGCAGCAAUGAUGUGGAAGUGCUGCUGUCCCUUGGCAAGCGGAAGAGAGAGUCAACUGAUCAAAUACAGAACAAGAAAAAGAAACGGUCCCUCAGCAAGUCGAAGUCUGAUAAACACAAACACAAGAAUUCUCAUGGUAGUGAUAGUGAUGAAAUGGUUAAUUUGAAGUUGCCAAAUCCCGCCCAACCUGUUGUGUCUGAUCCCAGUGUUCCAGUGAAGGUUCCUGAACUAAACCACAUCCCCAGGUCUCCAAGACCACCCAAGUAUAACUUCAAUAUUGAGGAAGGUGCCCGCUUGGAAGGUGAUGGAAGGAUCAGAUUUCUCAUGGAAAAAAUGCAGGAUAUCAGAAAAAUAUAUAUUUCUUUGAAAGCAGAAGUUGCUUCCAUAGAUAAAAAACGAAAACGUGCUAAGCGUAAGGAAAGAGAAAAUUCACAGUCCUCACAAAUUGAAUUAGAAAGUUCCUGAUUGUUGACUUCUUGUAACCUUCAUCAGGAUAUCAUUGUGCAUUUAAAAUCAUUCAUUUUGAAGGAUGUUUAUCUUAUUGUGUUAUUGAUCCAGGUCAGUAAUGUGGGUCGGUUCUCAGUACUGCUGGAACACAGUGAGAUUGGUUUUCUAGUCUUUUUUUCUUUUUUUUAAUAAUUGUUUCACACACAAAGUGUAUGCAAUAACUGGCAUCAAUGCUGCCCAUCUCUCAUCGUCAUCACUAGCCAUUCAUACUUAUUAAGACUCGGAUCUUGACAACCAAAACCUUUAGUUGAUGAAGAAAAACAUUUUAUAUUAGUUUUUUACUUCAAAAUUCAUAUCUGUUCAUAUCUUCAUGUAGUUAUUGUACUGUAUAUAUACUGUAAAAAGGGUAAUUUUUGCAGGUGAAAAUAUUUGGACUUUCAAAAAUGGUUGCCAUUAUUGUUUUAUUCAUGUGUCAAAUAUCGUACCACAACAAACAUUUAAGAAUUGUGCCAUGUACAGAAAACAUUUAUCCUUCCUUUGUUCCCUGGCUGCUUGUAAUCACAAAUCUCGUUCAGUCAGCUGGUAAAUGUGUGGCAACAUAAUCAUUUAAUUCCUACUACAUAUUAUGCCAAUUUCAGGGCUCCAAAAUUGCUGUGGUUGAAAUGGACUACCAAUUGCAAUUUUGUGCCUGCAUAAGGCAAUUUUUUUUUAAAGUAACUUUUGCAGCAAAUGAAUAUGACUCAAAGGUUAUUUUACUGUAUGUAGACAUAUUUCAAAUGUACAAGUGUUAAAUAAUGGUAGAUAAUGUACACCAGGACCCAUAUUCACAAAAAUUGUAAAUUUACGUCUACGACUAGC